ACUUUUACCGCUGCGUUCACACCCUGAAUCAUAAAAAUAAUUCAAAAUGGUAACAUAACAUGGUAACCUGCGUUUGUUCAUCUGUCAGCUACAUUAUGCCCUAUGUUCAGUUUUAUUUAUUUUUGUUAUCACCACUUGACUUCUGAUAUUAUCAUUUCAUCCCUAAAGUCAACAAGAACGUAAUUUUUAGAUCUGGCGUAUACUAGUUACACACUGAUAAGAUAAAGUAGAAAUUAGCGCUAUUUAUUGUUAUUAUUUGGAAAAAACCUAUUCAGUUGACUUAUUGUUAUUAGAGCCAUGGCAGCAACAUCGGAACUUCCAAGCUUGGAUAAACUCAUAUCAAAGACCUUAUCCGGAGAAGAACUGCAAGAGUACAAUAGAAUUCACUAUGGGAGAACAGAUCAUCAGGAACUAUGUAUAAGUGAAGUCAGUCAAGAAGCAGCAAAAGAGAACUGCUUUGAAGUAGCGGCGUACGACUUUUCUGCUAAAAAAGAAGAACAUAGGCUUCCGCGAGUAGUAAGAGUUGGAGUUAUUCAACAUUCUAUUGGUACAUCCACUCACCAACCAAUAGUAGAACAGCGCCAAGCUAUUUUUGAGAAGGUUCGGAAAAUUCUCGAAUGCGCUGGAGAAGAACGUGUCGGUAUUAUCUGUUUACAAGAAGCAUGGAGCAUGCCCUUUGCCUUUUGUACAAGGGAGAAACAACCAUGGUGUGAAUUUGCAGAAUCUGUAGAUGGACCCAGCACUCAGUUUUUAAAAGAAUUUGCCAUCAAAUAUGAUAUGGUUAUUGUAUCACCCAUUUUAGAAAGAGAUGAAGUUCAUGGAGACACUCUUUGGAACACAGCUGUAGUUAUCAAUGAGGAGGGCAAGGUAAUAGGAAAACACCGCAAGAACCACAUCCCCCGUGUUGGAGAUUUCAAUGAAUCAACUUAUUACAUGGAAGGGAAUACUGGGCAUCCUGUAUUUGAUACUAAGUAUGGCAAGAUAGCUAUAAAUAUUUGUUAUGGGCGUCAUCACCCAUUAAACUGGCUAAUGUUUGGGGUAAAUGGAGCUGAGAUUGUGUUUAACCCUUCAGCUACAGUGUCAGGAUUAAGUGAACAUCUUUGGGGUAUUGAAGCCAGGAAUGCUGCCAUAGCUAACAGCUAUUUCACUUGUGCUAUAAACAGAGUGGGCACUGAAUCCUUCCCUAAUGAAUUUACAUCUGGAGAUGGGAAGCCAGCCCAUAAAGACUUUGGCCACUUCUAUGGCUCAAGCUAUAUCACUGCUCCAGAUGGUGCUAGAACUCCUUCCUUAUCCAGAGUAAAAGAUGGCUUACUAAUAGCUCAGAUUGAUCUGAACUUAUGUCGUCAAAUAAAGGAUAAAUGGGGCUUCAGAAUGACCCAGCGCCUUGAUUUAUAUGCAGAUAGUCUCAGCAAGGCCAUCAAGCAUGAGUUUACACCUCAAGUUAUUCGCAACAAUUAACCUACUCUGUGCAAUAACCUUGUUUUAUUUAUACUUUUUAAGUAAUGUUAAAUGUGAAUAAAUUAUUCUUAUACUUCUGUUAUCAAAA